GAUGAACUCAGCAUUGGCGAGGACCGGUGGUGUCGACACAAAGCAGCGACAAAUCCUCUCUCACGUCUCAACUGUCAGGAUGGAGGUGAAAGGAAAAACCGUUGGAGAUUUCGAUGGUGAAUUCGAGAUGCCAAUUUAUCAAGAGGAAUUGCAUGACGAGGAAGAGCAGCCCCCUCACUUCAACUCCAAUGAAAAGAGGCGACAAGUGUCUAUGCUCAUUAUGGCACCUGGACGACACGACAGACAGGCUGUUCUGAGCCUGGCGAUACUCGCUGCUGUUCUACUGAUAGUUGAUAUCAGCCUCGGAGUGCACUACAGCAAACUUACAGAUACCCACCUCACAACUUAUGAUGUGGAACGCAUUGAAAACGAGUUGAACCAACUGCAAGACACUUACGAGACUGCGAUCAAGACCAUGUCGGACGCCAGGCACCAGCUGGACAGUGAGAUGAGUCGUCAGAGACCAACCAACUGGGAGCUUGAACACCAGCAAAUAAUUAAAAGUGGCUUUGAAAAAGAGAUUGAUGAAAUGACAGUGUCCAUUGCAUCAAUGAAAUCCCAGAUACCAGUCCUUCAUGAUAGCUGCAGAUACUGUCCAAUGGGAUGGGUUUUCGUGAACUCAGCAUGUUAUUACUUUUCUUACUCACAACGGGAUGGAGCCAGAAGCUGGCAAAAAGCCAGACAGUUCUGCCAGGACGAUGGCGGCGAUCUUGUGAUCAUAGACAGCAAAGACAAAGAGAAUUCAACUGUAUCAGCUUUGCAAAAGCAAUAUCGAGGCUCUCCAACCCCCGAUACUUUCUGGAUCGGACUGAGGCUUAUCCGUGGGGAAAAGAUUUGGAAAUGGUGGGAUGGAACAUCAUUGGCUGAAGGGUACUGGGAGGAUUUGGAGCCAAUUGAUUCCGGCGGGGAGAUCUGUGUAGAAGUGUUUCCCAGAGAAAACUUCUUCAAGGCUUGGAAAACCUCUGGAUGUGGAAGUGGACGGAAAUGGAUUUGUGAAAAAGCACCAACCGCUGUGAAUUAAAAGUGUGUUUGUAUUGCGCUGGCGUGCAAGCUCAAAUGUUUGCAUAGAGGGUUAACUCCACUUUACUAACUUUUAGACAUCUCCUAUCUCUGUUACAGUCUUUAUCAAAUCACUGCUUUGGUCAUGCACAAUGAUUGAAGUACCCAGGGCCCCGGAGCCAAUGGGGGUCAUGAGCUUAAGAUUCAUCAUCAUUAUCCCUUUUAAGGUGUUUUAAGGUGUAAAGGUUAUUUUGAAACCGUUAUGUGGUUCUGAAAUUGUUUCAGUGAUUUGUAAAUCAUGUGAUGUAACAACAUAUCAUGGCCUAAAUUGUGUGACGGUUGUAUCUGACUCUUCUUUUCCUGUUAACAUGUCAAAAUAAUGAUUAUAAUCUUGAAGUGA